CUUUUCGCGCGCCCCCAGCUUGGGACUCGUUGUGCCCCACGGCGUGCUCAAGGACCGGAUGAGCGGCAACAACACGACACAGCCCCAGGAGGCCUCGAGUUUAUAUGCUCCCGGCGGUGCUCUGGACUCACAAACAACUUCGCAAGAGUAUGCGACGGGUCUGUACCCAGGGAAUGCGUCCGAUUCAGAAGCUCCAGCAGCGGUUAUGACUUUACAAGAACAUCUAGAGCUGGAGAACAAUCGGUUGCGCGAGAUAAUUGAGAUGUGGAAGGAUCGGGCUUUGCGUUGGAGAGAUAGCUUCGAGCAGCUGCAACGUACAAUCAGGGGGACCAUGUCCCACAUCGACGACACACUUUCUAUCUCAGAUAUCUAAUAAUGCAUUUUAUUACCAUACCGGAUAGUUUCU